UUCUUAUGGGCAUGUUUAUGGUCAAUUACACACCGCCAGAGUAUUAAAAAAGGCUCCAUUCGAGACCUCCUUCGACUCGACAGCGGCCUCUGCAUUUCCCAACAUAAAAUACGAGGGAGGGAGGGAGAGAGGGAAGGAGAGAUGCAAGCUAUUGUAAGAAGACGCCUGCCUCACACUCUGUUCUCAGCAGCUUCCUCGUCUACAAGACUCCUCACCCUCAAAUCAGCAAACCCGUUUACAGAAUCGCCCCAUACCACUCUGCCACGUGGCACGCUCUCUGCCCUCUGGUCGGCCGUCCAGCACCGAGGAGCCAAAGUACUGGGUUCCGAUCUUCAAGUUGGCUUGAUGCAGGUCAGACUUGGGAACAUAAUCCAGAGGAAAGGCCGUAUUUAUCAGGUUCUAAAAGCACAACACACACAACAUGGAAGAGGUGGUGCAACAAUUCAGGUGGAGCUGCGGGAUGUUGACAGCGGAAACAAAAUAGCUGAAAGAUUUCGCACUGAUGAGGCUAUUGAGAGGGUUUUUGUUGAAGACAAGUCUUUCACAUAUUUGUAUACAGAAGGUGACUCUAUAGUGAUAAUGGAGCCUGAUACCUUUGAGCAAAUGGAAGUACGCAAAGACUUAUUUGGCAAGGCUGUGGCCUACCUGAAAGAUAACAUGAAAGUUACCCUUCAAACCUAUGAUGGAAAACCAAUGUCAGCAUCUGUUCCGCAGCGCGUGACAUGUACUGUUGCUGAAGCACAGACUACUUCGAAGGGUCUAACUGCCACUCCACAGUAUAAAAGAGUGUUACUGGACAACGGGCUCACUGUGCUAGCACCUUCAUUUAUCAAAACCGGCGAUAUGAUAGUCAUCAAUACUACUGAUGAUUCAUAUAUCACCAGGGCUAAGGAGUAGUAUUUGUGUGGUGCUGCACUGCAAAUUCAAGGAAUCCAAACUCAUAUAUCUGUUGUGCUUCCAAUAAAGAAAUUCCCAGAUGGGUUCCAUGGAUUUGGUGGCCUGAUAUUAGAGCUUCAUGGGCUUAUAUCAUUGUUUCAAAUUCAAACUCCGAGAGGUUUGUUGUAUCGAUUCAUUAUUUUUACAGCACGCACAAAAUUCUGCCUUUACCAUUGAGUUCAGUGUAAAACAUUCCAUAAGUGAAAGAAACAUUUUUGUAUGGUAGGAUUCAAAGUGUGUACGGGUUUUUAAAGGUGACAAUGAGUUUCCAACUUCCUGUUGUAACUAAUAAGCACUGUUUUGGUACAUCCAAUCAUGUGAUUUGGUGAGCUGCUGUAUACUAAGCAUACAAUGCGUCAGCUGUUGAUAAAAUUCGCUGUGAUAUUCUUACAGUUA